AUGACAUAUCAAUAUUUUAAUAGAUUACAAAGUAUAAUAAAUGAAUAUUCAUCGACUACAUCAUUGGUUUUUGCUGUUAUUAAAUGUUUACGUUCUUCAUAUUCUAUUGAAAUAAUAAAAAAAUUAGAAUAUAAUUUUUCCCAAAAUCUCAAUUAUGGUCAAAUACUUCUUCUUAGUACAUGUCCAUUAUAUCUCAAAUGGUAUCCAUCUUAUUAUGAUCCGGAACUUUUUCGUCAAAUACCACGAAUACUAUUAAGUCCAUUUACUCAAUUGCUAAUAAUUUGUCAUUCAAAUUUAAUUAUUCAUUGUUCGAAGGAUGUCGAAAAUACCCUACGUCGUUUGAAUAAUGCUCUUCUUCGUCUUAUCGAGUGGGAAAAUGUCAAUAUAUCAAAUCAAGAAUUUUAUAAUGAUUAUUGUAGAUUAGUUUCUAAAUGGUCAUCAUUUUUAUCAGUAAUACUUAACUAUUCAUCAAAUGAUUCGAAUAUUAUAUCAAUAAAAAAACUUAUUGCUUAUAAUUUGUACGAUUUUACAUUACAUACAAAUGUACUAGAUUUUAUGAAAACUAUACCAAAUUUAAUUCCAAUGCUACUUCAAAUGACCGAUGUUCAAGAAGAUGCAACACAAUUGCAUACUUAUCGUUGCUUGGGUAAAUUGAUGAGUGAAAUAGAUAUUAAAACUAUGGCAAAUCCGAAUUUUGUUCAACAUGAUCAAGUCAAAAUUGAAUUAAUAAGACAAAAUGCACUUCCAUUACUUGUACGAUGUAUAAUUGAAAUUGAAUUUGAUCCGAUUAAAGUCAAACCAAUAGUUCUCGAAAUUCUUCUUGCACUUUCAUUUAAUAAUGAUGCUUUAUUGACUUUAAGACAAAAUAUAAAUUUGAUGUCAACAAUUCGAAAUCUUGUCAAUAGUACAAAUUCGAAUAAAUCAAAUUUACAACGAGCUGCCGAAGCUCUUCUUUGA